CCAUGGCCUGCACAGUCUAGUCUCAGCCGCGGACGAGUCUAGUUUGCCAGGUGAAGGUGCUGCGUCCCAGAGCUCUCUUGAUAUAAAGCAUGGGAGAGAAAACGUGCUUCGUGUCCGUGUGAUUUCCCCACCCCGCCCACGAAAAGUGAAGGUUCGGCCUAGACUCACUAGACCUAUUGCGAAAGGACGAAGCCAAUCAGCAAACUAUCUUACCCGCAGACUUUUUAUACCUUCCUCUACGGACAUCAUGCAUGCGAUACCGUUGAUCCUCUUAGCCGUAACCGGCUAUUGCUCGGCCAAAGCGAUAUCCGGCGGUGAGAAUGAGGAGCGCCUGAAAAUCCGUCUGUCGCCGUCGGCUCAGGAGAUCAGCCCCGGGGAGCUCCUCAUCCCCUUCAAAGACUGCGGUUACAUUUUCUGCGAGGCGCCAGAUGUCGCCACCGACGCCGAAACUCACUUGUGGGAUUAUCACGUCGACUGGGAGAUGCCGCCAAUGGCCGAAAAGGACCCCAAAGUCUUCGUGUUAGCCAACGACUUCCAAAUGCCCAGGUCGUACCUGGUCUACCAGGCCUUCAACCCGAAUUUCACCGGACAGUAUAAGUGCAUCCUGAACUUCCGGUCGAAGCCAAUUGCUUCCACAACAUUCAAUAUCAGCGUAGACGAAGACAAGGUAUCUACCAAGAACUGCAUCUCUAACACGCCUUGAUUUCUUCCGUUAAUUAAAAGGAUGAACCAGAAGAGUUUCAUCUAAACCUGGUUUGGAUGCAGGUGGAUUAUUGCAACUUGACACAUAGGCCACACCCUUUUAGUGGCAUAGUUGCCAAGCCUUUCCAGAAUGAAUAAUUAAGACCAUUAUGUUUUUCCAAGGAUGACAUUAUCUCACGAUCUGGUGGAUAUGGCUUGCAUCCCGACGAGAAAUCUAAACAAUGUAAGAUAUUUUUCCGUUCAUAAUUGCUUUACAUCAUAUUAAUGAUUUGACUGUUUUCUGUUAUUGAGUGAAUUGAUGGAAAGAUAGUUUUAUCAUUGAACUUUUAGAGAAACGAUAAUAUUUUCUGAUUGCAGAGUACGCAUAUUAAUCUAUUGAUUUUUUACUCAAUAUGCAUACACAUAAAUAUAUAUCGUGUAUAUAUAUAUAUAUAUAUAUAUAUAUAUAUAUAUAUAUAUAUAUAUAUAUAUAGUAUAUACAUACAUACAUAUAUAUACCCUCUUCCAUUUGCCAUAAAAGCUCUCGAAACCUAUGUAGACGUCUGUAUCUGAUUAUAGAAAUAAUACCCUUUUGUAAGCAGACAUAUCAAUGACAUACCUGACUUCCAGGAAAAUCAUUUACACUGAAGAUUUUUUUUAUAUAGAACGAUGCCGGAUAGCUGUAGCUUUAAGCAUACUUUUAAUUUAUCUACUUAAUUUAUAUUGAAUCCUGUUUCUGUGAUGUUUUGUACAUAUAAUAAAUAUUGUAAGAGUUUUGUUAGAA